GGGCUCGUUUAAGAGAUGCCCAUAUAUGGAUCGUGUGAAAUUUGGGAAAGAGACUGGGUUUCUGUAGUUUCUCGAUCGAGUGCGCAGCGUUGUAAAAAGGGGCGAAAAAUGACUACUUAUACAGAUAAAGGGGAGAAGCCUGAGGCUGGUUCCUUUGUUGCCUUUGAUCAUGUCACAUUUUGGGUAGGAAAUGCCAAGCAGGCAGCCUCAUAUUACUGCAACAAAAUGGGAUUUGAGCCAUUUGGGUACAAAGGACUGGAGACUGGUUCAAGAGAAGUUGUGUCACAUGCUGUCAAACAGGACAAGAUCAUUUUUGUAUUCCAGUCUCCUCUCAAUCCAUCAGGAGAGAUAACAGAAAUUAUGGGAAAGCACCUGAUGUUACAUGGUGAUGGAGUAAAAGAUGUUGCUUUUGAAGUGGAGGAUUGUAUAGCUCUUUACAAGGCUGCCAUUAAACGUGGUGCCAUAUCUGUCCGUGAGCCCUGGGAGGAGACAGAUGGAGGGGGCACUGUCACUUUUGCUACUGUUCAAACUUAUGGGGACACCACACACACAUUCGUUGAAAGAAAGGAGUUUAACGGGCUCUUCCUUCCAGGCUACAAACCUCCAGUAACCAAAGAUUGUCAUCUUUCUAAGUUACCACCAGGCAAACUGUGUUUUAUUGAUCACGUUGUUGGAAAUCAACCUGAAGAUGCUAUGGUUUCUAUUGCUGAAUGGUAUGAGAAAAACUUGAAGUUUCACAGGUUUUGGUCAGUGGAUGAUGAACAGAUUCACACAGAGUACAGCUCUCUCAGGUCAAUUGUGGUUACAAACUGGGAGGAAACAAUUAAGCUGCCACUCAAUGAACCAGCUCCUGGGAAAAGGAAGAGCCAGAUACAGGAGUAUGUUGACUAUUAUGGAUCAGCUGGAGUUCAACAUAUUGCCCUCAAUACUUCUGACAUCAUCUCAGCUAUAACGAAUUUGAAGGAGAGAGGAAUGGAGUUCCUAGUAAUUCCUGACACAUAUUAUGACAAUCUCCGUGCUCGGCUUAAGGAUGCACCCAUCAAGAUUAAAGAGGAUCUGAAUGUGCUUCAAGAACUGAAGAUUUUAGUCGACUUUGAUGACAAGGGUUACCUACUACAGAUUUUCACAAAACCUAUGCAAGACAGGCCGACUCUGUUCUUGGAAGUUAUACAAAGGUACAAUCACCAGGGGUUUGGAGUCGGAAACUUCAAGUCGCUUUUUGAAGCAAUCGAGCUGGAUCAAGAGAAAAGAGGAAACCUUCACUAGCUGGUUAAUUGAAGAGACAACAGAAACUUUGACUUCGCGUUUCAAACUUGAUGUGACUUGAUCUCUUAAAACUAAUCGUACAUAAUUAUAAUCAUCAUCAUCAUUAUCGUUCCAUUGAAAACAAAAAACGCAAAUGCCUUGAUUGAAAAGUACGGAGUCAUUACACAGCUGGGUUUUGAAUUGAAUAGACCCACAAAUUAGGCAGAGUAUAGCACACGUGCUUGCUCGCUUGCGCGAGCGCGAGCGCGCGUGUGUGUGCGAGUACAUGGGUGUUAGGGGGAUAUGGUAGUCUUCAAAUUAGGGUAUUUUUAUUAACGGUCGAUAAAUUUAAGGCAAAUACUUCGUAAGUUAAGGCAACGUUUUUUAAAAGCGACAUUAUUGAUAUUUUAAGGGGAAAUGGACUUUGUCAACAUAGAGUUGAAGUCAGACAUGCUCUAUGUCAAUAAAUAUUUGUCCAAAAUUAAAUUCCGUUUCCACAGUUUUUAAGGGUGAUUUCACCUCUCUUCGCAAUUCUAAGCUGUUAACGUAAAAGUUAGGAAAAAAGAAUAUCACACAACCAACGAAAUCUCGACUGAAUAAAGAAAAGAUCAUUGCAAAGCA